AUGUAUGUCUUACCCGUCUCUGGCUUUGUUGAACAUCCUAAUUCAUCGUUGGAUAUGACCAUUGAAUUAUCCGUAAAUAUCGAUAGAACAGUUAUUGCGAUGAUUGCGUUCUUGGAAAAGAUAAAUGGAUUUGUAACUAAUUGGCGGCGAUCAACAGUCGCCGAACAAAUGAUCAUGAGAUACUAUCGAUUCAUGCAAUUGAAAGCUUCAUAUCCCAACGAACGUCUUGUUCCAACAUUGGACAUUGAAAUCGUCUGGCAAACUCAUUUGUUACGUCCAGACAUGUAUCGAGACGAUUGUCUUCGAUUAUUUCGUCGUGUCAUCGAUCAUUCGUUAUUAAUAGAUAAUAUCGGAGAAAGCCUCAAAGAACAAGCUUUUGCCAACACCUGUCGAUUGAAUGAAGAACGUUUUGGAGAACAAUAUUAUCCUUUACUAGUGAACAAAGAGGAAAAUAAAGCUUGGUCGCCAUAUCGACAUUCAUUAUUAAGUUAUAUUGAGUGUCCUAUUCCGGCAUAUUCCUAUUGGGAUGAUACAUGGUUCAGAUUUGCAUCUGAACUACCGAACAACUACGAAAAUCCAUUUUCAUUCGUCAAAGCAAAUAUUAUUCUCGAUAGCUAUUGGUUUGAAUUGUACCGCACUGAUAUGUAUGGAGUGGAUCUGAAAAUCAUGGCAUAUGAUUCUCAAGUACAGCAAAUCGCUCUUCGCUCGGCAAUGAAACGACUGAGAAAAUCUUACGAACGGUUUUUAUACAUGGUAGCCAAAUAUUUAACAAUGAAUGGAAAUAAUUUUAUACAUCCGACAUAUGCCGCAGGAAUCCAAAUUUUAUUGAAAAGACUACUUUUAAUUGAUUUCCAUUUUACAGAUCGACAUUGCAUGACAUUCUCAUAUGCAAGAACCAUUGAAAUAUGCAGACGAUUGUAA